AUGCAGCUGGCGCCCCGCCCGGGCCUCAGCCACCUGGCCGGCCGCCCAACCUCCACCGUUACCACCGUUGCGGCGUCAGCGCCUGCCUCGGGCGCAACUGGCAUCCACCGCUGGGCCCCGGCGACCGUUGCGGCGCUGGCGGUGCGCCGCGCCGCGCGGGGACGUUGCUCGCGAAGCUGCAGGAGGGCGGAAGGAGAACAGGUGGUGACGCCAUGGGAAGUGGAAGCUGGGGAUGAUGGAGUCGAUUAUGACAAGCUCAUCGAGACCUUUGGAUGUCAACCCAUCACUGCAGAGCAGAUCGAGCGCAUCGAAAAGCUGACGGGCAAGCGAGCGCAUAGAUUUCUGCGGAGAGGUUUGUUCUUCUCCCACAGGGACUUAGAUGAGCUGCUGAACGCCUAUGAGAAGGGCGAAAAAUUCUACAUCUACACGGGUCGAGGGCCGUCCUCCGAGUCGCUACACUUGGGGCACUUGGUGCCCUUUCUCUUUACCAAAUGGCUACAGGAGGCUUUCGAUGUACCACUGGUGAUCGAGUUGACAGAUGAUGAGAAAUUCCUCUUCAAGAAAGACUUGAGCAUUGACGAGUCCAGACGCCUUGCAUGGGAGAAUGCCAAAGACAUCAUCGCGUGUGGCUUCGAUCCGGCCAAAACCUUCAUCUUCCGCGACACUGACUACAUCCAACAGCUGUACCCAGUGACUUUGCAGAUCCAAAAACGCGUCUCCAUGAGGACGGCGCAGAACACCUUCGGCUUCACCCUGAGCGACAACAUCGGCAAGGUCUCCUUCGCUGCGGUGCAGGCGUCUCCUGCCUUCGCCAUCGCCUUCCCUGACUUCCUGGAACCAGGCCGUCGCUGCUUCAUUCCUCAGGCCAUCGACCAGGAUCCCUACUUUCGGCUCUGCCGCCGGGUGGCGGAUGAUCUAAAGUGGCCCAAGCCUGCCUGCAUUCACUCGAAGUUCCUGCCAGCACUGCAAGGUCAUCAGACUAAGAUGAGCGCCUCGGUGGCCUCCACCGCUCUGUAUAUGACGGAUACGGAGAAGAUCCUGGGCCUGGGAGGAAGCACCGAAGAGCGGGGCGGGGCGUGGAAACCCAUGGCCAGAUAUAGGAAGCUGCGCAAGAAGAUCAACAAGCACGCCUUCUCGGGAGGUGGCAAAACUGAGGAAGAACAAAGGGCCAACGGAGCCAAUCUGGAUGUGGACGUCGCCUACCAGUAUUUGAAGAUUUGGCUGGAGGAUGACGAGGACCACGGCGGCAACACCAGCGGGUUACCCAUGGUUAUCCAUCCACACCUGGGUGAUACAGCAACACCAAUCUUCACCAGAAAUCACCAUCAUCCUUCGGCAAUCUCGGCUGCCAUUUUUUCGCAGAAUGGCUGCCAUUCUGGAGAUUUUUGCUGCGGCAAAUCCGAUAGAAAAAUUGCAGAUUGA